GUCAUGAGUCGUUACGCUGUAUUCACAAUUCCUCCGAAGCGAUCAGGGCACCAAGUGAUCGCAGGUCCGGUACUCGGUUCCAGUCCCUCCAAAUCACAGUCAUCGGGGUCGACUUCAGACGUCGAUUCGGCAAUUGGCGAACCACGUCGACCGGGCACACGACAAUCGAAACCGAGAUCAAGGAAUGGAUGCUGGACAUGUCGCCAGAGAAAGGUCAAAUGUGACGAGGUUCGACCGGUAUGCGCGUCAUGUAGCCGGUUAGGGAAAGAUUGCGAAUGGGGCCAGAGAUGGAAAUUCGACGACUUGAGCGUACGCACACGACGGAGACAUAAGCACGUAUCGGUUGCCGGAAGUCCAUCGUGGGACGAGAAGAACCAAGCACGCCUGAUGGCUCGUCAACUAUAUACUAGACAUCAGCCCACACUACCGCCAUUCACCGAACUCAGCAACGAAGACGAAAGAGAAAGAAAGGCCUUGACACAACCUCCCGGGACCUUCAACGUCAUCCUCACACCAGAGAGCUUUGGUCGACUACCAGAAUAUGGCGGACUGAUCAGACGAUAUCGAAGCGGAAGCGGAUCUUCAAGGUAUGGCUUCUUGGAAGACCCCAACCUGAUUGUUCUUUCCGAAUUUGAGGACACACCCUAUUUCAUGGCCCUUCCCGAACGCAAGUCUUCGUUCGCAAGUUACACGACUCAAGCUUCUUAUACCCCAUCAGUCCAACGGGACCUUACGAAUAAUGGAACGGCAGACGUUGAUGAAGUCAUGGCACAUUACAAAGAGUUCAUAUCCAAGAGGAUGAUGCCCCUUGGAUCGAGAUUCCGACUGAUCGAACAUGGCCAAGAGGAUCUUAUUGUUUCAGAAUCACGAUCUUUCCCACCUCAAGCCAUUUCCGCAUGCAUAUCAAGCACAGACAUGUCACAAGGCUCUUUCAUAUAUCUUCACUUUAUCCUUCUUCUUUACGACAUCUGUUGCGCGACUCAGAACUGCUCACCGGAUGGGGUCAUGUGGUCACAGCAUUUCCAACAACUCGCUCGCCUAGCAUACUCCCGAGACAACUCCGAAGUCACAGAGUUACAAGCAUAUAUCCUUUGGUAUACCCUCUUCUUGGAUGCACAGUCGUGCCUGACUGGAAAUUCAGAGUCUGGGGCUUUCGUCCGAACAUAUUUGAUGCACGGCGCAAGUCUACCGACCUGGCGCAAACCGGAAAGCUCAACACAGCAACCUAAUCUAGAGAUAGCAGGUCUAUCUGCUGUGUCUGGUCUCAGUAAACUUAUGUGCACGCGGUUUGCCGAACUGAGCCAGCUGGCAUUGCGAAUGCGGGAAGAUGUUGAAGCCGGUCGUGGCAGUAUCGCUGAACAUCAAGACGCUGUGGCAACAUUCAGAAAUGAGCUGUGCUUGUCUUGGAAUUCCAGAAGCUGGGACAAGACUGCCGACCCUUGCUCGAACAGUGUUUGA